AUGUGUUAUGCAAACACGGAAAAGUUAGUUCCAUCUGCAGCUUCGUGCAGUCACCUCGUGAAAAGAUGACUUAUCCGUGCAUUGUGAAUGUGUUGACGGUGUUUUUUAUUUUAGCAUCAGUCUACGGUGAUGACUGCUUUGAUUGUGUCCAGAAAGGUGACUUCAAGCAUGGGGUGUCAUCAAUGACAGAUUCAAAUGAACACCCAGUAUAUAGGAAGCGGCAUUUUUUUAUUAUAAUACCAAUUGGCCUUUUUGUGGUACUUUGUAAAUGGUGUCUGUACUGUUGCUGCAAGCGCCAAAGAAGAGGAAUACCAUAUGGGAAUGUGGAGGAAGUAACAGUCACUGUUACACCAGAAACAAGACAGCCAUCAACAAGUGGAAGCUUGACACAUCCUCAGAACUUCCAGCAGCAGCAGCAGCAGCAGCCACAGCCAUUGCCAGGGUCCCUCUAUAAUGCAUUUCAGCCUAUACCACUACCACCUCCGCCACUAAAAAAUGUUUCAUCAACUCAACCUGCAGGUGAAGAUCAACCGCCACCAUAUAGUGAAGCAUGUGGCAUGCAACUUCCAAACAAACCAUUUUAUAAAUAAUAAAUUAUUAACUUGCAAGUUUAAUUUACAUAGGUAUUGUUGGUAUGUUGUUUGAAGGGAGAACAUUUUCAUACGUUGUGCCAUUCAUUGAAGUGACCAGUAUUAGGUUUUUAUUUGUGUAUCACAUAAUUAAAAAGGUACCUAUGCAGAGUAACCACAGUAUUCCAAUUAAGAAAAAUUCUGUGUUUUACCUGGUUCACAUUGCAGUGCUGUUCUAGGAUAGUAAUCUAACUGCUGUAGGAACAACAUUAUGCACAACCCGAAAUAUUCCACAUCUGCAAAUACAAUUACAUAGACAAAUAUUUUUACAUGAAAUUAGCCUACCCAAAAUACUACACUUACCACCAAAAAUAGUAUUUGAUAAUUUAGUCAACGUGCACAAUAUUCUAGGCCAUGCCUAUGCCAGCCCUGCUUCCAUUCCUGUACUACCUGAGUCAUUUUCCUGUGAAUGACUUACAUGAGAGACUUCUUCCAUACAUACAUCUGCUGCCUCAUAAUGUAGUCCAGCUACAGGUAUUUCCUACCAUAUAAAGAGUAUAUACAAGUAGCCAGGUCAUUUAUGAGAUCAGUAUUUUUAAACUUGUUCCAGCAUUACAUGUAAGGCUGACAACCAGCUGCCUGCCUCCAUAACUCGCCACCACCAAAUUGUGGCUAAUUGUAAACACAGCCACCCACUUGAUGAAUCUACUGCCCACCACAACAUCAAUUACUGCAUUACCACACCAUUUGGAUCCCCUACAUACAUUACCAGCUCCUCUGAAGUGAACAGUCGAGAACAGUCUCUCCAGCAUAUCCUCUGUUACUGAAUUUUUCCUCUUUUCUUUCUGUACACCACUCUCCUGUUCCUCUAAAUUUUAUAUUUAAAUUUCUCUACUCACUCCCCCCUCCCCACUCCCUGUUAAUGUUCAGUGAACAUCCCUUUUUCUGUCCCCACUUUGGUACAGUAGCUCCUUGCUAAUCUGUCCUCCACACGUCCGGGAGCAUGGUCAGAAUGCAGAAAAAGAAGGUUGGAUCUGACCCAUUACAUCACAGUACUGCACGAUUUUAAUUUUCGACUGGGAAUACUGUCUGAAAUAUUGUUCUGUGUUGAAAUAGUAACAAAACUAAAGGAAAAUGUUGACACACUAAAAAAUCUUACAUGAAAGUGUAAUGUAUAUUAUUGCCAGUACUGUAAAAUAUGCCUGUAUUGUACAGUUAGAUAUUGAUACUGUGAGCAAAAGUGUAACUUCUGUAGAUACUUUAUUACCAUACUACAUUGAGACAACUGAUUUAAACUGAACUGUAUACAAUAUGAAAAAUCACACAGUAAAAGGUGUUCUAUUCUUAAGCAGGAUGAAAAAAAAGUCUAAAAUGUUGUUUUGCU